CUUGAAUGGAGGCAGGGAACCUACCGUUGCCCGGCCCUGAAGGCCCAGGGUGCCCUUUUGAUCAUUUCAGUCUCUCCUUGGUGCAAUACUUCUGAUUGGCCAAGAGAGUAAGAAGGGGGAAAAUCUUUAAUUAAGAAGAUAAUCUCUUGUUGGGACGAGAGCAGCUCCAUUUCAGAGCCCCCUCCUUGAAUCUUGGAAGCCCUGGUGAAGUUUGGUGCUCUGGUAGCUCAGUUUCCUCUCCAUCUCCAGACUGUCUGCAGGCUUUGGACGGGCUCACAGUUACCGUCAUCCCCCCCCUCACCUGUCAGGAUGUUCAUGCAUUUGGAGAUUUUUUAUUAUAUUUUCAUUCUCCUGGCUCAUAUGAGGUCGUGCUGCUGCUGGUCAGUGAAUAAUUUCUUGAUGACUGGACCCAAGGCAUACCUGAUCUACUCCAGCAGUGUGGCAGCAGGAGCUCAGAGUGGCAUAGAGGAGUGCAAAUACCAGUUUGCAUGGGACCGCUGGAACUGCCCCGAGAGAGCUCUGCAGCUGUCCACGCACAGCAGCCUGCGCAGUGCAAAUCGGGAGACAGCAUUCGUUCACGCCAUCAGCUCCGCUGGAGUCAUGUACACUUUAACCAGGAACUGCAGCCUCGGAGACUUUGACAACUGUGGCUGUGACGACAGCAGAAACGGACAACGAGGGGGUCACGGUUGGCUCUGGGGCGGCUGCAGUGACAACGUUGGCUUUGGAGAGGCCAUCUCCAAACAGUUUGUCGAUGCCUUGGAGACUGGGCAGGAUGCACGAGCAGCCAUGAAUCUCCACAAUAACGAGGCUGGGCGCAAGGCUGUGAAGGGGACCAUGCAGAGGACAUGUAAGUGCCACGGCGUGUCAGGAAGCUGCACCACUCAGACCUGCUGGCUGCAGCUCCCAGAGUUCAGGGAGGUGGGCAACUACUUGAAGGAGAAGUACCACAGGGCUCUGAAAGUGGAUCUCCUCCGGGGAGCGGGGAACAGCGCGGCCAGCCGGGGGGCUAUCGCUGAGACCUUUAGCUCCAUCUCUCGGAAGGAGCUGGUCCACCUCGAAGACUCCCCCGACUACUGCCUGGAAAACCGCACUCUGGGCUUGCCGGGCACCGAGGGCCGUGAGUGCCUCAAGAAGGGCAAGAACCUGAGCAAAUGGGAGAAGCGGAGCUGCAAGAGGCUGUGCGGAGAGUGCGGGCUGGCUGUGGAGGAGCGCAAAGCCGAGAUGGUGUCCAGCUGUAACUGUAAAUUCCACUGGUGCUGCGCGGUGAAGUGCGAGCAGUGCAGAAAGACAGUGACCAAGUACUUCUGCGUAAAGAAAGGAGGUCAGAGGGGAAGGAAUGAGAGUGCCGGCAGCCGCCGAAAGACCCUCAGGCUGAGGAAGAAGCACUGAGCAUCUCCAUCACCUCUCCCCUGCUAUACCACUGCAGCUCCUCUCAACACCCAGACUGUGCAUGUUCAGAUAGUGUGUUUUGGACAAAAACGUAGCUAUUUCAGACCAUCUUCAUUUUAAAUUUUGUUUUAAACAUUAAAGACAGUGGGAUGUGCACAAAGCCACAUGAUAGAGAAGUUGAGGAGGGUACUUUUGGUAUAAAUGUAUUUAAGAUAUAUUUUUUUAUACUUUUUACAACAUUUUGAAGAAAAGUCACUGGGCAUUUGAAGAUAGUUUCUUUGACUUCAAAAUUCUCCAUAACAUGAUUUAUUUAUUUUCAACACACACACACACACAAUCCUUGGGAAAAAAUUAAACAGUUAUUAUUUUUGGAGCGAUGGAUGAUCUGACUUUUGAUUGAUGGCAUAGAUAUCUUUUAAAAAUCACAGUUUUCAAGAAUCCGUUGGGUUGUAUUCCCACAACUAUCAGCCAAGUGUCACUGCCAAGCUUUGAAUUUGUUUCGAAAUAUUUUGGCAUUUUUGGUCACAGUUUGCUCUCCCAUUGUCUGGCUCGCCCUGACCUUUGCUGCCCCCUUUAUGUAUUUAAUUGUACAUAAAAUGAAGCACUUUGUACUGUACAUUGUUAAUUUAUUGCACAGCAUUUCCUAGUUUUGCUUUAUUGUUAGUUGCCAUUGUGGUUUGUUUCCUAUUAAAAUGUAAUGAAAGAAUAAUAAAUCCUUCAAUCUUAUA